AUGUCCGCGAUGCCAACCAUGGGGCCAUUACGUCCAAACUCCUUGUCCCGGCCUCCCUCCGCCCUCGGAGAGUCCGGCGCAAUCAUGAUCGACAACAUCAGUGUCGAUGAUGAGUUCGUAGUUGAACUGUUUUGGCUCGCUUUCAGCCAUCAGCGGAUCGUAGGUAGAGUAGUCAACCCAUUCGGGGUUGCUGUUGGCCUCCACAUGCGGAUGUGCUUUAAUUUCGACACGUCGCGCAUCUGGUCCACCGUUGAUUCGAAUGAAGCCGAACAGCGGGGUAUCCGGGUCCCAGUCCAAGCGCUUUUCGGCAUACAGGGCCUCAGCAUCAUUACAAUGCGACCAUAUGAAGAUGAAAACACGCGGCGAUCAAUCGCUGGCCAAAUAUCACGUCUGCUGGAUGGUACGGAUGGUGUUGAGGGGACGUCGAACACGGUUGUGCAUGAGAGAGCAUUUGGGGCCUUGCAACGCGCAAAAUCGGUGAGGUUUUGGCGCUGUACCGACCAUGGGCAAGACGGAUUCUGGAAUGCCAUCGACUCAUCACUUCCUGUUUCGGCAGUCGCUCCGUGCGAGAUGGGGAUGGAAGUCCUUCCACGCAGAUGGACCGACAUAAAGCCGCUAGCCGCUACAAGUAAUGGAAGUAUAUGCAUCGAGAGUGAAUCUGAAGUCGGGUUUGCCACUAUAUACGUAGAAAGGGUGAACGUCCGCACCCUACGCCGUGGAAGAGACUCCAGCGCGCCCUGA